AUGUCAUCGCCGAGCUUCGAGUGGCGCCCCAUUGCAUUUCUGCGAGACAGGCAGCCCGAUACCGAGCCUGCUGCAUUUGCUCUCAUUGUGCUCAACCAGCCACUGAAGCAGACCCCGGUACUUGAUUUGUUGUGGCAGAAUGCCAUCGUAAGAGUUGCUGCGGACGGCGGAGCGAAUCGACUUCUUGAUCUGAGCAAAGCGACACAGUCGCAGUCGCAGUCGCAGACCACUCCUUAUGCCAAUCUUGACGCCAUUAUCGGAGACUUGGACUCGUUAGAUCCUGUGGCCAAAGACUUCUACACCAAUUUGGAAAAGCCCGCCCAGAUCGUGCAUAUGCCCGACCAGAUUUCGACAGACUUCGGCAAGUCUAUUCGUUGGAUCAGAUCACAACACCCCAACGUCGACAUUGUUGCCCUUGGAGGUCUCGGCGGCCGAGUGGACCAGGGCCUCAGUCAGGUACACCAGCUAUAUCUCUCGCAGCCAGGACCGGGGUAUGAUGAGGGCAAGAUGUACUUGGUGUCCGGCCAGAGCUUGACCUUCCUGCUGAAGCCAGGAAUCCACAGCAUUAAAGUGCGGGAGGGCGGCGAGGACGUCUUUGGAAAACAUGUCGGCAUCAUUCCCAUUGGAGGAACGAGCUACAUCACCACCGAGGGGCUCGAGUGGGAUGUUGUGGACUGGGAAACCAAGUUUGGAGGCCAUAUGAGCACCAGCAACCAUGUGCUACCCGAGACGAAGGUGGUCAAGAUCGGGACAACAGAGACUGUGCUUUUCACGAUUGCCCUCGCGGGAAUAGAAUAA